GCAGCCGUUGAGUGUGGAACUUGAUUGCGCUAGAAGCCAGUUUCGUUUCCCCGCCGAGAUCAGUGUGUCAACGUCAACAGAAGACAAUUGGAAAUCGAGGCUUACGACCAGUGAAAUCUGAUUUGAAUUUAAAUCGGUUUGGACGAGUAAUGAACAAUCUGUCGCUGAAAGUUUGGCGUUCCACAGUCUCCUGUGGCCCCAAUCUUCGGCUAUGUGUGCCGAGGAUCGGUGGAGCAGGUUUCAGGCGAGCGCAGUGCCGCGAAAGCUCCACGGGCGUGGCCACUUGUCCACAUCUGGCGGAUUCGGAGGAGGCCAGUGCACCGCGAAUACACUCCACUUCCGAGUGGCAAAACGCUCUGCCCUACAAUCAGAUUCCCGGACCUAAGCCCAUCCCCAUUCUGGGCAAUACAUGGAGACUGAUGCCAAUAAUUGGUCAAUACACCAUCUCUGAUGUGGCCAAAAUAUCAUCGCUGCUGCACGAUCGUUAUGGCAGAAUUGUGCGUUUUGGAGGUCUUAUAGGACGGCCCGAUCUUUUGUUCAUCUACGAUGCCGAUGAAAUUGAAAAGUGCUAUCGAAGCGAGGGACCCACCCCGUUCCGUCCCUCGAUGCCCAGUUUGGUCAAGUACAAGAGUGUGGUGCGCAAGGAUUUCUUUGGGGAUCUGGGCGGCGUAGUCGGAGUGCACGGAGAGCCUUGGCGGGAGUUCCGUUCGCGUGUCCAGAAGCCGGUGCUGCAGUUGUCCACCAUUCGCCGGUAUCUACAGCCGCUGGAGGUCAUCACCGAGGACUUCCUGGUGCGCUGCGAAAACCUGUUGGAUGAAAACCAAGAGCUCCCCGAGGAUUUCGACAAUGAGAUUCACAAAUGGUCCCUGGAAUGCAUUGGACGCGUGGCUCUGGACACUCGUUUGGGCUGCCUUGAAUCGAAUCUGAAACCGGAUUCGGAGCCCCAGCAAAUCAUUGACGCCGCCAAGUAUGCCCUUCGCAACGUGGCCACUUUGGAACUGAAAGCUCCUUAUUGGAGAUACUUUCCCACGCCUCUGUGGACGCGCUAUGUGAAGAACAUGAACUUUUUUGUGGGUGUCUGCAUGAAGUACAUUCAGAGUGCCACCGAAAGACUAAAGACCCAAGAUCCCAGUCUACGUGCCGGCGAGCCCUCGCUGGUGGAGAAGGUCAUCCUUUCGCAGAAGGACGAAAAAAUAGCCACCAUUAUGGCGCUCGAUUUGAUACUCGUCGGAAUAGAUACGAUAUCCAUGGCUGUUUGUUCCAUGUUGUACCAACUGGCUACACGUCCAGUGGAGCAGCAAAAGGUUCACGAGGAAUUAAAGCGGCUGCUUCCGGAUCCAAACACACCACUCACAAUUCCGCUGCUUGAUCAGAUGCACCACCUGAAGGGCUUCAUCAAGGAGGUGUUCCGCAUGUACAGCACGGUGAUUGGAAACGGACGAACUCUCAUGGAGGACAGUGUCAUCUGUGGCUACCAGGUGCCCAAGGGAGUGCAGGCGGUCUUUCCGACUAUUGUCACGGGUAAUAUGGAGGAGUAUGUCACGGAUGCAGCCACUUUCAGGCCCGAAAGAUGGUUGAAACCACACCAUGGUGGUACUCCGGGCAAACUUCACCCGUUCGCCUCGCUGCCUUACGGCUAUGGAGCCCGGAUGUGUCUGGGUCGUCGAUUCGCUGAUCUGGAGAUGCAAAUACUGCUGGCCAAGCUACUACGAAACUACAAACUGGAGUACAACCACAAGCCACUGGAUUACGCAGUCACUUUCAUGUACGCGCCGGAUGGACCGCUGCGCUUUAAGAUGACACGAGUUUAGUUUGUAGACUUUAGUAUUUCGAUUUUAUACACUCUGUUGUAAAUAAUAGGCACUUUACACACCCAAAUGUUUAAGCAUUUAUACAUAAGAUAACGAGUAUAACAAACUA